UCAUCAAUCACGUUAUCUUUUGGGCUAGUUUAGACAGCUCAAGUACUUAUGAUAUAGCCUAGACAAAAACUGGGUAAACAGCGUGAUGCCGAAAAUAUAAGCAAUACUCGUUAUACUGAAACCAUGUACGGAGGGACUGGAUUACGCUCUAACAGCGCUGUCUUUGAUGGGGAAAUUCCAACCCAAACUAGCAACUGGAAUUGUACAGUGUUUCCAAAAUUGCACAUUGAGUCGAUACCAGAUGUAUUCUCACCUUAUGUCGUUUUUUCGUCUUACGCAGACUUCUUAGAAAAUCAGAAAAUCAAAAGAAGUAAGAUUAUUGCAACAAUGAAUGAACAUGUGUCAGAGAAAUGGGAACUUCGAGGCUGCUAUACGUAUGCAAUUGAACACAUUCUUGACCUUGAUUAUGAACAUAUUGACCAUGUUCCUGUUCAUCGAGUGAAGGAGUUGCAUAAAUACACACAGUCUCAAGCAUUGGAUGAGCCAUUAUUAGAAGAAUGGCAAAAGUAUUUUGCAGAAAGAAAUCUAGAAGAUGGUGCUAGUACAUCUAAACAAAAAUUGCAAUGGAUGCAUGAAAAAAUCAGUGAUUUUCUGUGGCAGCUGCUGUAUUUGGUGAACAAAAGACAGAUUCCAGAACCUGAAGAACUAACAGAAGGAAUGUUCCAAGAUCUGUUCAUCAGAUUUGCUAGAAUAUUUGGUUUGAAUUUAAUAGGUGUUCCCAGCGUUGGACAAUACAGUUUUGAUUUAUACAAUAAAGAAAUUUCCUCAGUCCCUGAUGCUCUGUUGAUAGAUCCUUUAAAGGGAAAUUCCAUACUUGGCAUUGUUAAGGUUAAAAAUUAUUAUAGCAAAGAAAGUGAUUCACAGACACAAAGAAACCUAGAAAGGGGGACAACUGUGCACAACCAAGACCAGGGUGUGGACAGUCGGUUGAAGGGUCAGCUGGUCGGGGAUAUCCUGGCGGUGCUGAAGAACUCUAUGUUUGGUCCUACUGGAAUCUUUGGUCUGAUAGUUCAAGCUACAGAGGUAACAAUUGUUGCAUUUGCAACAGAAAACAAUUAUUUGGAGUGCAUAAAGAACGGCAAAUUUCCUAACCGUGACUGUGCUACAGUGAAGUACAGUGAAAAGUGCAAUAUUCUGACAAAGAGAGGGAGGCUUGAACUUGUUAAAGCUUUUCUUGGCAUGGCGGAUUUAAUGGAAUGCUUGUAAUUGUGAAAAUGAUGAAUCGUUUCAGUAUUUUCUUCUGUCAGAGUAAAGUAUUUGUUUGAGAUGUUGUCUGAAAUGCAACAUUUAGGCAUUAUUUUGUAUUGCCAUUGUAUAUUGUUAAUAUGUCAUUUUCAUUUGAAUGUUGAUUUAUUAUUAAUAAUUAAAACAAUAAAAUUUGAAGUUUGCUUGAA